CUCUGUCCUUUGUAUGAAGUGAAAGAAUCCUGACAGAAUCACAUCCCACCAGAGAAUUCUGCCUGUUAUGAUUCGAUACAUGAUUCUGUCAGUGUCCAGAAAGUUUUGGGUGUUUGUGGCUCAGCUGUGAAACUGGGAGCCCCAGGAUGGACCUGGAGCAAACUGUUGCUGCCUUGCUGUCAAAAAACCAACAACUUGGGCAGGAAAAUGCUCAGUUGAAGUCAAUGCUAAGUGUAGUCAAGGAAAACAUAGAUCUGAGAGCCAGGAUGCAGAACAGUGAUGCUCUGGAGGAAUUAACAGUUUGCUCACCCUCAGGAAGACAACCAUCCAGUCCGUGGCAAAACACCUUUGAUGAGAAACAGUUCAGAAAAGAGUUGUCUCAAACCAAAUUCAAACACGAACACCGAACUUCAUCCCCCGUUGACUUCAAGUCUUUCAUCCAAAGCUCGGUGCACACAGACACAAGUGAGAAAGAGUUUCAAAGCUGCCAGGCUAAUGAUACUCCUCUUGAGGUCAAAGUUCCAGACAGGCUGCUGGGAGAGAUUGCCUACCAACUGGAUAGGAGGAUUCUGUCCCAUGUCUUCCAGUGCCAUAAGAGGCUUUAUGGUUUCACACUGCUCAAUAUACCAGACAAGAUCAUCGAGGUAACUACACACCCGCUGACAGGGAAGGUAGAUGAAGGCUAUCGGCUUCAUCUCGCUCAGAGGUAUGCCGACCUCAUGGAAAGGUUGAACCAGCUCGGGUAUAAAACAACACUUCACCCUCCUUUCUCUGAAUUUAUUGUAAACACCUAUGGGAUCCUGAAGGAGAGGCCUGGUGAAUACAGCACCCAGGCAAUGGACUUCAAUAAUCCAGACUUUCUGAGGAAUAUGAUAAUGACCACAGCACCGAGACAACUCCAGAAGGACCUGCUGCUUGUGCUCACCUGCCUCUGCAACAUGGCCAAGAGGGAUAGAAAGCCUCUCCUUCUCUGGUAGACGUGAUUGCAUCCAAAGACGCACCAAAUCCGGCAAGCUUACACCACCCACAACUUGGAAAUAAAAACUGAUAAAUUAUAUGACAUGAUAA